CUUUAAUAAGAAAAAGAAAUGAAGAAGAGAGUGAAGAGGGACCCUUUAGCGGAUUCGUUUCUUGCCCGUUUAUGAUCUGUCUCUCUCUUACUCUCUGCAACUUCUAACCUUCCUUAAACACUAUAUAACUCCUUAAACCCCUCCGUUUUUACCUUAAUCACUGUCCAAACAUCAUCCCAUUUAUGUCCAUUAAUCAUUACAGCUCCACUCCACUUUUUUCUUUCCAUUUUGAUCACUCCUUAAACCAGUCUUUAAAGCUCUGAUCAUCCAAAAACAGCAUGAAACUGAAAAAUCAAAGGGUUUCUAUGCAUUUUCCUUUCCUGUAAUUCUCAUAAUCUUUUCAUAAACAGAAAAUUAAUUUAUACCCUUUUGAUCAUAACCCCUUUUUAUUACCACCCACAUUUUGCAUUUCUGUUCUUCUUUUAUAAAACCUUCAAAUGUUUGAUCUUUAUGGUCAGUUAGUAGGAAAUAAAACUUGGGGUUUGAAACUCUUGUGAAUUUUUAGGAAGGUACAAAAUGCGGAAAAUGUGGAGAGAAGGACAUAGAAGGAGCCCUCGUAUAACUGCUUUAGAUGCAAAGAAAGCUCACCCAUCAAGGUCUACUUUUGCUCAAAGGUGUACUGGUUUAGAUUUCAAGAAUCACCAAAGAAAACGACAACGUUUGGAUGCCGGUUCGGGGCCGGGUUCUAAGACCAGAGAUAAGAAGAAGAGGAAGCUUAAACCUCUUCAAGAGGUGGCUUCUGUUGUCAAUGCUCAAGAGGAUCCCGAGUUGAGUGAUGAGCAGAACGCUAAAGAAGUGAGCCUUGAAAAUCUUCAUAUAAAUCAUGAUCCACCAAUUGUGCAGGGUAAACAUAAGCAAAAAUAUGGGGAUCAAACUAGCAAUCCAGGUCAACCACAUGCUGUGAGAUGUGCUUCUCGGAUGCCAGAAAAACGCAUGCUUCAGCUUAUACUUGAUGUGUUACAGAGGAGAGAUACUCAUGAAAUAUUUGCAGAACCAGUUGACACGGAGGUAGAGGAUUACUACGAAAUCAUCAAGGAGCCAAUGGAUUUCGGGACCAUGAGAGCUAAACUUCACGAAGGAAUGUAUAAAAAUCUUGAACAAUUUGAGUAUGAUGUAUUUCUUAUAUCCAAAAAUGCUAUGCAUUUUAAUUCAACCAGUACAAUCUUUUUCAGACAGGCUCGUGCCAUUGAUGAACUAGCUAAGAAGGUUUUUCAUGUUCUCAAAACUGAUCCCGAGAGUUUUGAAUCUGAAUUUUCGGGCACAAGACGACGAACUAAUAGAAGGCCCAAAUGUGAAGUUAAGAGCUCUUCUAAGCUUGCUGCCAACUAUAGAUCAAACAGUGGGGCACUUAAUGUAUCACGAACACCUGUAAAUGGUAUACCAAAUUUAAGAACUACAAUGCAAUAUGACAGCGUUACUACUAUGCAAUUUGAUCUAAGAGAUGAUGAAGUACCUUUUGCUUUUGGAGAUGGUAGAGGAUCUAGUUCUUAUGAAGCCGAUAGACGCUCUACGUAUAGAUCUUCAUUGUCUGACCAUAAUGAGAAUUUAAUUGUUUCGACAGUUUAUAGUAAUUCCAAAUUGCUAAUGCAUAUAAAUCAGCAAGAUAAUAGUUAUCGUAACAGCUUAAUGUCGUUUGUUAAAGAUUUAGGACCAACAGCUCAAAUGGUUGCCGAACGCAAAUUAAAUGGAUGGUCAACUGAAGGUGGCAAUUAUCUGAAUUCAGCUUCAACUCUGUCUAAGGCUUCAAAUUGCAAAAACCACGCCGGAUCCAAUUUUGGUGGGUGGAUACCUGCUGCUACAAAUAUGAAGUCUCAAAAUGUAACUGGUUACGGAGCUGAUAUGCAUGAUGAUUACGAUAAAAGGGAGAAAUCUUGUUCCGGUGACAAAAUGGGAAUCUAUGGCACUUUUGGUAAUGGUGGGAACGCCUUCCGUGCCAUUAGACAAGAAGAGUGGAAUAGGAACGAUUUUGAAGCUGGAGGUGUUUCUAAGAGUAACCAUUUUCAACAGAAUCAGAGUAACUCAUUUGAGAUUGGUUUGCCUUUAUCCAAUAGCAAUGGAAAAAAUCUGCAUUUUACGGUAGCUGGAUUAAACAGUAAGAAGAAUUCAGCACCACUAGAUAUGGAGAAAAGCAAUUCAGAUGGUACAUUGCAACCAGCUUUUGAUUAUUCUCAGCAAAACAUUUUUGAACGCAGGUUAGCGGAUAAAUACAGUUAUUCACCGGCUGCGUGGAGCCUAGAGACCGCGGUGGAUGGCAAAUCAGGUUGUGAUCAUUCAACGGGCAUGGAUAAUCCUAGUUCAGUGUAUAUGAUGGGCUGCCAUGAAGCUGCAGCUGCACGAGAUGCGAGGCAUGAAAUUGGACGUACAACCGAGACAGAAUGGACAUGGAACUCAAACCGAGCUGCGACGCCGGUUUCGCAGUUCAUAUUUGAUCUGCCAUUCUUGAAGGCCAGACUUGAUGAGAUGAACUGUUUUGGGGAGGAUAGAUUAGUGCAAGAAAGCUCGGCAAGAAUGAAUGAGACUUACCACGAUAAUACUCCACAUUACUCAUUAGAUGCUCAGCUCACUCCUUCCUUCAACUUGGCUCUUCAGCUGUAAGAAAAUUGAACUCAUUUCUUGAAAAGAUAUCCUUUGUAUAUAUUAAAAAUUAUCUGCCAUUGAUAUGGGCAAUGACACGGGUUAGCAAAGGGUCGGUUUGAUUAAGAACCGAUUGAUUCAACCAAAACUUAAAAUCUAA